AUGGACGGUGAGAUCAGGAAUGCUAAACAUGCCAAGGAAGGUGGGAAACACUAUUCGAUCAAACUAAAAAGAACUUCGAACCAUGAAGCACCGUCACUCGAUGAACAUGCUGAAAUUAAGCAGAGACGGGAAGACCGUCACUGGUCUGAGAAAUCUUUGGAGGAUAUGAGCCAAAGAGAUUGGCUUACCUUUAAAACUGACCAUAAGAUCAGGUGUAAAGGAGAAGGAAUUCCCUGUCCCUUGAGAUCAUGGAAUGACCUCUCAGUUCCUAAGUUAAUAAGAGAGUUUAUUGACAAAAGGGGAUACAAAAAACCCACUCCUAUCCAGAUGCAAUCAAUUCCAAUUGGUCUACAAAACAGGGAUGUUAUUGGUGUUGCUCCUGCUGGUAGUGGGAAGACAGUCGCCGCACUUAUUCCUCUUUUCGCGUGGAUUCAAGGAUUGUCCAAGCUUGAGAUGAUGGAAGAUUCGAUCAAAGCCCCUUAUGCUAUUAUUCUUACACCAACACGUCAAGUGGCUCGACAGGUGGCGGACGAAUGUCUUAGGUUUGGCGAAACAAGUGGCAUCCGAACCGCCACAGUUAUCGGAGGUAUGACUCGUGAAGAGCAAAACCUCCAGCUUGGUUCGGGUUGCGAGAUUAUAGUAGCCACGCCAGGUCGACUCGCUCAUACUCUGGAGAAACGUACUCUUGUUCUCAGCCAGUGGACAUUUGUUGUGAUGGAUGAAACCGAUUGUAUGAUAGAAUUUGGCUUUGAGUCUGAUUUGUGUAGGAUCCUUGACUUAAUACCGGGGUAUAAAGAGCUGCCAAAAACAGAGGAUGUUGAAGAGGAUGGGAAGAAGUACCACCAGACUGUCAUUUUCACAUCAACCAUGUCACCAACACUGGAGCGUUUUGCGCGUAGCUUCCUUCGUGACCCGUGCAUGGUACACAUUCAUUCAGUUUGA